CGAACUGCAGCUAAUAACACUCACUUCACUCGUCCAUCUCUUUCUCGACAAUGGGAAAGCGCAGAAGAAAGAACAGGACCCAUCUCAAGGGUGCCCAGCCCUCUGAGGCUGAGACCAAUGCCCCCAAGUCGUUCGUCAUCAAGUCCGGCCAUGUCACAAAAUCAGUAGAGGCUCUCGUGCGCGAUGUUCGCCAGGUCAUGGAGCCCAACACAGCCACUCGUCUGCGCGAGCGGCCCGGCGCUCGCCUUCGCGAUUACCUCACUAUCGCGCCAACUCUCGGCGUCACUCACCUCAUGGCGUUUACGCUCACCGACGCCGCGAACGUGCAUCUCCGCGUCGCACGUCUCCCGCAGGGCCCAACACUCACCUUCCGUGUGCUCCGCUACUCGCUCAUGAAGGACAUUACGAACGCGCGUGGCACGCUGCGCAACAUCGCCAAGUCGCCCGGCGGCGAGUACCGCAACCCCCCUCUCCUUGUGCUCAACGGUUUCCAGCAGCCCACCGAGGGUCCGGCGCUUCCACAGCUCCGCCUCGUGUCGACCAUGUUCCAGGGUCUCUUCCCUCCCAUUCAGGUGGAGAAGAGCGCCCUCCCUACCUUCCGCCGCGUCCUUCUCGUCUCGUACAACCACGGCACGGGGCUGGUCAGCAUCCGCCACUUCACGAUCAGUGUGCGCCCGCAGGGCGUCUCGCGCCGCGUGCGCAAGCUGCUGAACCCGUCCAAGGCCCCGGACCUCACGCGCGCCGACGACAUCGCUGAUUAUCUCCUACGCCGGCGAGGGAGCAGUCCCGGCUCGGAGGGGUACGACAGCAUGAGCGAGAGCGAGGCGAGCGAGGCAGAAAGCGACUCGAACGCCGUCGAGCUUCCGGAGGACUAUGUCGGCCGCGGCAACCGCAAGGGCGAGCGCAAGGCCGUUCGUCUCUUGGAGACGGGGCCCAGGCUCGAGCUGCAGCUCGUCAAGAUUGUCGAGGGAUUGGUGGGGAGCAAGCGUGGCGAGGGACAGACCGUGUUCCACCACUUCGAGGCACGGAGCAAGAGCCAGAGCGCGGCCCAGCAGCGCGCCCACGACGAGCGGAGGCGACUGCGCGACGCCCGCCGCGCAGAGCAGGCCGCGAAUGUCGCGCGCAAGAAGGCCGAGAAGGCCAAGGCCAAGGGCGAGGAUGUCGAGGAGGAGGCUGAGAGCGACGUCGAUGUCGACGGUCUGUCCGAUGUCGACCCAGAGGAGGCGCUGGAGCGGCGCCGCGCCGCCAUGGCGAACGAGGACGAAGAUGAAGACGACGACGAGUUCGACUAUGAGGAUCACGGGGCGGACCCGGAUGACGACGAGGGCUGGGAUGCCGACGCGGCGGCUGGCGACGUGAGUGACGAAGAGGAGGAGGAGAGUUCGGAUGAGGAGGAUGCGCCCCCUCCCAAGCGCCCCACUAGGCGCAAGCACUAGAUUAUAUGCAUGCCCGCAGCCCAUACCCCAUACCCAGAAGACUACUUCAUCAGCCACGGGAGGCCAGACCCGACCUUCUUGGCAUACGCGGUGUAAGCCUCGCCGAAGAAAUUGCGCAGCCACACCUCCUCAUCCUUGAUGCGGGAGCCGAAGAACUGACCCAACACGACAACAAAGGCGAGCGUGCUGAAGACGUUGGAGAGCAAGAGCUGCGUUCCGACCGCCCAGUAGAAGAAGCCGACGUAGCUAGGAUGCCGGACGUACGCGUACACACCGUGUGUGAUGAGAACGUGGUCGUUCAGCUUGACGCGCUUGACGACAUGCGAGAAACUGUGGCCGGCCUGGACCAUGGCGAGGGCGCGGAACGUCUGGCCAAGAAGCAUG